GCGGAGGGUGGGGCGCGGAGCGGAGCGCGGAGUGGAGCGGAACGGAGCGCAGCGCAGCGAGGAUGAUGGUGGCGGCGGCUGCGGACCGGAACAAGGAGCCGAUCCUCAGGGUCCUGCAGCAGUACGUGGACCCCGGCCAGCCCGGCGUGCAGGUGCUGGAGGUGGCGUCCGGGUCGGGGCAGCACGCCGUGCACUUCGCCCAGGCCCUGCCCAACGUGCUGUGGCAGCCGUCCGACGUCGACCAGCGGUGCCUCGACAGCAUCACGGCCUUCACCUCCGCCCUGAAGCUGGACAACGUGAAGCAGCCGCUGUUCCUGGACUCGUCGCGGAGCUGGGAGACGUGGGGGUCGAUCCAGCCGGGCUCCCUGGAUCUCGUGGUCAACAUCAACAUGAUCCACAUCUCCCCUCUGAGCUGCACCGAGGGGCUGUUCAAAGGGGCCGGGAAGCUGCUAAAACCCAAAGCUGUGCUGAUCACCUACGGGCCUUACUCGGUCAGCGGACGCAUCACCCCGCAGAGCAACGUGGACUUCGACCUCAGUCUCAGGCACAGGAACCCGGCCUGGGGCCUGCGAGACACCGCCCUGCUGCAGGAGUUCGCUGAGGCCAGCGGCCUGCGCCUGGAGAGAAUGGUGGACAUGCCGGCCAACAACAAGUGCCUGAUUUUCCGGAAGCAGUGACCAUCAUCCACGUGGGGCCCUCCGGCCGCAGGAUCCCCGCUCCUCCCCCAGUACUUGCUGGCAGAGUCAGCGCAGACAGGGCCCGAUGGGGUCGGGGGAGGAGGGGGUGUAGGUGUGGGUGUGUUUGUGCCCCGGCCUCAGCCAGAGAGGAGCUCUCCUGCCCGGUGCCCCCUCCCCGCCUCACAGACCUUCAUCUCCUGCAAGUUGGAAGGCCUGGGAGCUGGCAGGACCCAUAAAAAGGGGAGGCGUGGGGGUGGGGCUGGGCCACCUCUCUCCUCUCAAAUACAGUAUGUGCCAUCGUCCCUA